AGUCACUGUGUGUCCUUUCCCCCGUCCCUCUGCUUGUGGGGUAAGUGUGCCAGUCCUGCCCUGCAGUGGAUGGCAGGGUGCCCUCGUCUCUCUUUGUCCUCUUCCUCCAAGAGAAGGAGUGAACCAGAGAAAGGGAGGGCUCUGCCUGCACCAACUGGAGGACGAGGUCAGAUGGCUGCAGGCUCACUCUGCAUUUUCUCCAUUUCAGCAGUGAAGACAGUCCUUCCGUCUCUCCUGAGGGCCCUGCACCACCUCCGGAUGGAGACGUCUCUACUUCACCUGCUGAUGGAGGAGGAGGUGAUGGAGUAGGAUAUCCGGUGCGAGAGUCUCCAGAGCCGGUGGUGGAGGUGGAAGUCAAGGAGAGAGAGAAUGAGAAAGAAGGAACGAAACCUCCGGCUGAGUUCCCCGAGCAGCAUCAGCAGCAGGAGAAGCAAGAGGAGGAAGGGAAGAAAGAAACAGAGGAAGAGGAGGCUGGAGGAGGGAGGGGAGGUGCAGGAGGAGGCAGGAGGCCUAGUCUGCACCACACCGCGUCCUCUCCUAUGAGGGUGCAAAGGAACGGGGCCUGCAGCCAUGCCAGCGCUUCUGACUACGAGCUCUCGCUUGACCUCAAAAACAAGCAGAUCGAAAUGUUAGAGCACAAAUAUGGGGGCCACCUCAUCUCACGCCGUGCUGCCUGCAAAAUCCAGACGGCCUUCCGCCAGUACCAGCUCAGCAAAAACUUUGAGAAAAUCCGCAACUCCCUGCUAGAGAGCCGGCUUCCUCGCCGAAUCUCCCUGCGCAAGGUGCGUGUUCAGAAUGCCGAGGGAUUCUCAGCUGAGAGGGCGCUGGCCGAAGGCUGCUCUGUUGCAGGCAUCCCCCUGGUUCGAUCCCCAUCACUGCCUGUUACCAUGGGUGGCACUCUCACAGACCUGGAAGACUCCUUUACAGAACAGGUACAGUCACUAGCCAAGUCCAUUGAUGAUGCCCUUAGCAACUGGAGCAUGAAGACCAUGUGCUCUUUGCAGGAGGGAGGCACCUAUCAGUUUAGUUCUGAAGCCUUUGGCACUGCAGGGGGCAAACCUACAGUGGCUGUAACUGUUGGGGAGAGUGGUACCCUGGAUCAGGCCACCCUCCAGAGUGGUACAGUGUUGGGAGACAAUGCAGAUAACAUUCCCCGUAGUGCCAGCAAGCUAAUGAUGGCCUUCCGGGAUGUGACAGUACAGAUCGACAGUCAAAACUUUCACAUGUCCUCCUCCGUCAUGGAGUCAGUGUCCCUUGGGAACUGUGUCCAGCAGGGGGCCACAGUGACUGAGAGCCCCAAGCAGCCCCCAAUAGAAGAAACAAAACACACAGAUCACCCUCCACCUCCCCAGGAACCAAUUCCCCCACCUCCAGAGUCAGAUCUUGGAGAAAUACCAGAUGGUGAUUUCCCAGCACCACCACCCUGCGAAGAGGAACUUAUAGAGGAUCUACCACCUCUUGUCCUGGAGAAGACGGAGGCUCCAGUGCCAGAGGUUGCAUCCCAAGUGGAGACAACAGAAGAGGCCAUACCUCCAGUGGGACAGAUUCCAGUGGCCCCUACUGUGGAGGAUCUGGAGGCCAAGCGACAACUUUCAGACCCAGCUGACAAUAGCUCAGAACAGAUGAGCAGCAGCAGUACAUCAACAUCUGCCCGCUCAGCUUCUGAGGCCUCAUCCAAGGAAGCACUGCAGACUAUGAUGCUCAGCCUGCCACGCUACCACUGUGAGAACCCAACCAGCUGCAAAUCGCCCACCCUCUCCACAGAUGUCAUGCGCAAACGCCUAUACCGUAUUGGUCUCAACCUUUUCAAUGUAAAUCCAGAUAAAGGCCUCCAGUUUCUCAUCUCACGAGGUUUCAUUCCUGACACACCCAUAGGCGUGGCACACUUCCUGCUGCAGAGGAAGGGCCUGAGCCGCCAGAUGAUUGGCGAGUUCCUCGGAAACAGCAAGAAGCCUUUCAACAGAGAUGUCCUGGAUUGUGUGGUAGAUGAAAUGGAUUUCUCUGGGAUGGAGCUGGACGAGGCUCUGAGAAAGUUCCAGGCUCACAUCCGUGUUCAGGGAGAGGCCCAGAAAGUGGAGCGGCUCAUAGAAGCAUUCAGCCAGCGCUACUGCAUGUGCAAUCCAGAUGUGGUGCAGCAGUUCCACAACCCAGACACCAUCUUCAUCCUAGCCUUCGCCAUCAUCCUCCUCAACACAGACAUGUACAGCCCCAACAUCAAACCCGACCGCAAGAUGAUGUUGGAAGACUUCAUUCGCAAUUUGAGGGGGGUGGACGAUGGAGCAGACAUCCCUCGGGACAUGGUGGUGGGCAUUUACGAGCGUAUUCAGCAGAGAGAGCUCCGAUCCAAUGAAGACCACGUGACAUACGUCACCAAGGUGGAGCAGAGUAUUGUAGGAAUGAAGACGGUCCUCUCAGUCCCUCACAGAAGACUGGUAUGCUGUAGUCGUCUUUUUGAAGUGACUGACAUUAACAAAGCCCAGAAACAAGCUUCUCACCAGAGGGAAGUUUUCCUCUUCAACGACCUCAUUGUGAUUUUGAAGCUGUGUCCAAAGAAGAAGAGCUCGGCUGCCUACACAUUCUGCAAAGCCAUGGGCCUCCUGGGAAUGCAGUUCCACCUGUUUGAGAAUGAAUACUAUCCCCAUGCGAUAACCAUCUUAUCUCCGGUCUCUGGCUCAGAUAAGAAGCAGGUCUUGAAUUUCUGCGCUCAGAGCUCAGAGGAACUGCUCAAGUUUGUGGAAGACCUGAAGGAGUCCAUCGCUGAGGUGACUGAAAUGGAGCAGAUUCGCAUUGAAUGGGAGUUGGAGAAGCAACAGGGAGCCAAGGCUCUCUCUUCUAAGAACAGUGGCACCCAGCUGGAGCUCCGUGGGAGACAGAGUUCUCCGUCGGGCAAAAAUGAAGUGGAGACAGCGCAGAGUGGACACAGUGCGGUAGAGGCUUCAGACGUACCAGCUCAGUGCAGUGCCAUCCCCAGAGAGCGCCGCCCUUCUUAACCAGCGGGGGGAGCUGUGCCAGGUGCCGUGUACCAGCCCUGUGCCCUCGUUCCCCCACCAGCGGCCCGACACGCUCAUCCAGUGCCAGCAGAUUGUCAAGGUCAUCGUGCUGGACAAAGGCGGUCACGG